AUGCGGCCGAUAUUCAGUGCGCUGUUCGCACAUUCUGCGCUUCUACAGGCUCUGCACGCUGCCGCUCGCCGCCCCGUGGCCAGAAGCAGCUUGGCACCGCCACAUCUCCGCACCGCCCGCUCAGCGCCAAAGGAUGCCGCAGGAGUCUCGACAACGAGCCUAGCCGCCGAGGAAGACCAAGGCUCACGCACGGUGGAUCCAUCAUCGUCCUCUUCCUCGCCAUCAUCGGAGCCCUCCUCAUCUAAUCAGACUGCCUCGGGCUCUGCCGGACAGGCAUCGCAGACGUCGGCGACCUCUGAAGGAGGCUCGAUCGUAAACAAGAAGAACCCCUUCGAUGACAUCUUCUCCGGAGACGAUCCGUUUCCUCGCGCCGCGACCGAGCCGCGCUGGCUCACCGACUCUAUGGACCGCGGGAGGGAUCGCCGCGGACGGGGCAAGGAGACGGUGCCACGAUCGGUGCUCUUCACCCCUGAAAACGAUUCGAGAGGGCACAGGCAGCCGCCACCACGUCGUGGCCGCGGCACCUACGAUCGGACACCGCUUUCUCGCAGCGAGGCCGAUGCGUUCGCCAGCCUUCUGCACUCGGCGCUCGAUGUCAACAUCUCGUCGAACUCCAGCACCACGACGGGCGAUAACCUCUUUGGACCCCGCAACGAGGGUAAGCCACAGCCGUUUGGCGCCUACACCGACCUCAUCUCCCACGAAUCGCCUCGAGAAAAGACCAGGUACCAGCUCGAGGCCUACCUCAGCCGCAACCGGCUGCGACCGAGAUUCGAGGAGAGCAGGAUGGCGCGGGCGCGAAAGUCGGCAAGAGAAGGACUGGCGGCCCAGGUGUCCCAAGCCCAGCUCGAUGCCGGUAUCGACGAGGCGAGAGAGGAGCUCUCGAUGUGCGAGAACGAGUUUGAGGUGUGGGAGUGGGCAAAGAAGGAGGUGUGGGGCCUGGGGAGCAGCUUCGACGCCCUCCUUCCGCUUUCCAUGCAGACUCAGCAGGGCGUUGGCCGCUCGGCGAAAGCGCAGCCGACGAGCGAGGUUUCGGACUCUACGCCUGAAGGCGCUGCAACAGACGCCACAACGACGGAGGACUCGCCUUCCAACAUCGAGGACGCAGAAGACGCUUCACUCGUCAGCAGCGAACCGUCAGGGCAGGAUUUGGCCGCGACGGAAUCCAGCACGGGCACAGCCGACAGCAAGCCACCACCGCCGCCUCGGUUCGGCAAGGAAACCCCGUACUUUGCCCCAGUGCUGCAUCUCGUAUUCCUCACGCUUAGGGACCGCUACCGCUCCCCGCACAGCGCACUUGCCGUUUACGACCUGACGCGGUCGCUCGGCAUCGAGUCGUACGUCCUCGGUUGCACUGCGGCCCUCUUCGCCGACCUGCUGCGUACCCGUUGGGACCACCUUGUGGACCUCGAGUCCUGUCGCACCCUGCUACGGCAGGCGCGAGAGACAGGCGUGCUCUCGGACCCGGCCUCGCGGCGGCGAGAACUGCUCCGGAUCAAGCGACAAAGGAAGCGCGGUCCGCACGACCCCAUCAUGACGCCCGAGGACGAGAAGAUCCGAGAGGUGGUGGAUCGGAUCCGGGCAGAGGCGAGGAAGGAGGUGCUCCAGCAAGUCCAGAGCCAAAAGGUCGACGAGGUCAUCGACGUGUUUGCACACCUCGACCUUGGCAGGGAAGAGGCGGCGGACCAGACCACGCUGCAAGAGUCCAACUGGGCGCAGAAGCACACGCUUGACCUCGCGGACGAGCUUGGCAAGCUUGCGGGCCCGCCGAGCAGGGUCAUCCUCGGCAUGUAG